AUGGGGAAAGGACCCAACGUUCUAGAACCAAGUGCUUCGUCCCAAAGCCCACCCUCCUCACAGAUACGAAUCUUUCGUCCAAUAUCUGGCGUCAUGAAUUACGGUCAGCACGGACGCGACUUGUUGAUGGAGCUCAAACGAUCCGAGGGGAACGGGUUGACGGAGGGUGUAUCGUUGCCAGCGUACAACGACAAGUCCGUGCAAUCGGCACUCCAAGAACUUACUUUGCACGUGCAGGCUUUGAAUGACCAAGUUGAGUCCACAAGGGAACUUUCACCGGACGGAAAACCGCCAAUCUCCGUCCGGCCUUCGAUUCUGUUACAGAGUGCAGCAAUUCAGCGGAACAAGCGCUGUUUGCUGGCUUACCACCAAACGCGAUUGGAUCGCAUCCAACAACUGUAUUACUGGCAAUCGCAAGAAGCAGCCGAGGAGAACAUGUGUCCACCGGAAAUUGAGUUUUUGCGGGACUACGAGAAGCUCGUGCAAAGCUUUCAAGCCAGCACCGGAGUAUCGUGGGAUCUGCGCAGUCAAACUGUUCCGCCGCAGCCUUCCGAUCGGGUACAAGUCCGAGUCGUAAACGCGGACAAGUUUGAUGGUGGACCCAUUGUUCUCGAAUCUGGAGUUAGCGUGGUUUUGACUGUGGGGUCGACGCAUUAUUUACUUUACAGCGACGUUGAGGAGUACCUAAGGUCGGGCGAUCUGGAACUGUUGCCCGGAGAAGAAAACAUUUGA